AUGACAGUUAGUAGAGCUUCAAGAUUUAAAAGGGCCAAGCCAGCCAAUGUCGUUAAGUCCAUUGCCAUGGACAAGCUGUCCAACGUGAAGUUAUCCGAGGAGCAGCAACAAUUGCGCGGACGUAUUCUAGAAUUCAUUCGCCAGAAUUUGGCUUCUUAUCAGAAAGGUGGAAAACCCGGUAUGUUUGUGGUUCAAGGUGAUGCUGGGACAGGCAAAUCAGUGAUUUUGAAUUCACUGUUCAACGAUGUGCAAAAGCUGGCCAACAAUAAUCCAGACACCACUGAUAUUCUUAAAGGAACAAGGAACUACUUGAUUGUGAAUCACCCUGAGAUGUUGAAACUUUACCACCGUAUGAGCACCAACUAUACAUACAUCAACAAAGCCUCUCUAGAACGUCCUACAUCUCUGAUCAACAACUUGCAAAAGAGAAAAGAAAUGGCGGAUGUGGUGAUAAUCGAUGAAGCCCAUUUACUUGCAACAUCAAAAGAUGCUUUUAAAAGAUUUUACGGAGAAAAUCAUUUAAAGGAACUAUUGGAAUUAGCUAAGGUCUUAGUAUUAGUGUAUGAUGAGAAACAAGCUCUGAGAAUGGGAUGCUAUUGGGAUGAAAACUCUGAAAAUGGCGCAAACCUACAGACGUUUUAUGACGAGAUACCAGAAUCGAAAAGAGGCUGGUAUAAUUUAAAACAACAGUUCAGAGUAGCCGCUCCACCAGAUGUGCUCGAUUGGAUCAAUGACAUCAGUGUUGAAGGUAAGAUCCCAAAGUACCCCAAGAGUGCUAAAGGCUCUUUGGAACCAAAGUUUGAUUUCCAAAUAUGGGAUGACUGUAAUGAAAUGUACAUGAAAUUAAAAGAAAAGAAUGAGACUUUUGGCCAAUGUAGAAUGCUAUCUACUUAUGACUUUCCAUAUAGACUUGAUGGCAAGAUAUAUUAUGUUACUUGUGGUGACUUUAAAUUGAGAUGGGAUAUGUAUGCGCCAAAGGCAUUACUUCCAUGGAGUGAAAGGGAAGAUACUAUAGAUGAAGUUGGAAGUGUAUAUACAGUUCAAGGAUUUGACUUGAAUUAUGCUGGUGUGAUAUUAGGUAGGUCUGUUGGGUACGACAAGGCUAACGAUUGUAUUAAGUUAAGACCGGAGCUGUAUGAUGAUCAUGCAGGUUUCACUAAAAAGAAAAACAUAUCUGACGCUGAUACUGUAAAGCAGAAGAUCAUCAUGAAUAGCAUAAAUGUGCUUCUCACAAGAGGAACAAAAGGGUUGUAUGUCUACGCAUGGGAUCCUGAAUUGAGGGAAAGGCUUGCUCGUAGUCGAACCGAAUAG